AUGCAUUUUAACCAACUUAAACAGGAAGAACAACAGCAAGAACUACAACAACAAGGAAACCCCCAAAUAACUGAUGUCGACUUUACAAAGGACUCUGAUAGGAAGUCCAUAUCGCUGUUAUCAGACGGAUGUCACCGUGAAAUAAAAACACUUCUGCUGACAACUGACAAUGACAAGUUUGGGGGAUCUUCGUCAUCUUCCACAGACUCGGGCGUAAAUGUGAGUGACAAUGAAGCAACAACACCGCCAUCUCCUCUGCCGCAGUCACAGCAGCUAUCCCAACAAAUGUCAGCAUCAGCCACAGACCCAAUCGCCGCGUCCACAACCGAAAUAAAUUUCAGUCCAUAUGGAAAACAACGCCAACGAAACGAUAUCAACAAUUCACCGAUUUCAACAUCGAGUGAUAACCAAACAAACACUAAGCACAGUCGAAGUUGGAACAUAGCGGGCAGGGAUGUGGGCGGCGAGAGCAGGAGUAACAACACUUUCGCCAAUGAGUUGAAAAGUGAAGAGCAGUUGAGAGGCAACAGUAGCAGCGACAACAAUUGCAGCGCAUCGCCGUCGAGUCAUCGAAAUGCCAUUAAAAGUGAAAAUGUGAUAAAUAGUAAUCCUCCCGCGUCGACGAAUGUGGACGUGGUGUCGCCAGAGUCAUUGACCAGUGGAGCGAGUGAGAGAGGCAAGGUGAAAUCACCAUAUGUCCCGCAACGUGCGCCAUCACCCUCAACAUCGUCCGUUGUGUCAUCAUCGGAGUCGGAGAUAUCGAAGAACCCGCCUUUUCAUACCCACCAUUAUCACCACAACGGAUCGCCGGUGGUUUCGGUACGUAGCAUCGACUCCAGUGUCAUUUACUCCAGUGACAGUGAUUCGGACGAAAAUGCCAAUGUCGAAGGCGAGCAUAAAAACUAUGUGAUAAAAAAGUUGGGUACUCAGGUGACUUACCCGCCGAAACAUCCCGAUAUUCCAGUCAUCAACAACGGUCUCAAAGUGGUGGAUCAGAAAAUUACGCCCAACGGAAUGGGGCCGCCGCCAGCCUCCCCCUUAGACAUAAUAAAGAAUAUGUCCGACAACGUGGCUGUGUUUCAUCCUCAUCGUCAGGUGGCAGCAAGUUCCUCCCUCCGACCGCAGGUUGCCAUUAGCAGUUCUACCGAUGUCACCAUCGGCGACAAGCAUUUCUAUGAGGGUCCGGUGACAAUACAACAGUUCCUUAUCGACAGUCGUAACAAGUGGAACGAAAGCAACGGCAACGAUAAUGUUGUGUUUGUCGAUGAAAACGGCCAACCCCGGACAAAUGAUAUUAACGAACCACCGAUACCAGCCAAUUCGGAUGGAGCGUGUGUAAAGCUUCUCAAGCAGAAAAAGUACAUGAUCGCCAGUGCCUGCGCAGUGAUAACCUUGAUCAUAUUGGCCAUUGUAUUUGGGAUCGAAGUGUCCGCGGAGAAUAAAAGUAAGAUUGUACCCGGAAAUAGCGAAGAAUCGAGAAAGAAUAUUCCAAUCAAUUCAACCAUAGCCCUGGACAAUGUUGGAGGUGGAAAUGUUUUGCGAAUAGUGCCGCGUGAUGGAUGGUUAGCACAGCCUCCCAUAAAUCCAUGGGUGUCACUUAGUCUACCCGUUGAACGUGUCAUUAUAAUUCACACACGAACUACAAAUUGUGAAACUCAGGCUGCCUGUACAUUUACGGUGCGCAAUACUCAGACUUUUAACAUCGAGUCUCAACAACAAGAUGAUAUUAUUUAUAAUUUCCUUAUUGGCGGAGAUGGCAACGUUUACGAGGGACGUGGUUGGGAUAAUCGCGGUUCCGUCAUCAAAGGAUAUAAUGAUGACAGCAUAAGUCUGGCGUACAUUGGAUCCUUCAAGAAGCAAAGGCCAUCGGAUAAACAACUAAAUGUUACCAGAUUGCUGCUGGCGGAAGGUGUGCGUCUAGACAAACUCACCCCAAAUUAUCGAAUAGUCGGAGCAAAUAAAUUGGAUCCCACGUCGACUGCAACUUCUGCAGAUGCCUUAUAUGAAAGUUUCGAAGACUGGCCACAUUGGUCGGAUCACUGAUCAGAGUAGUUCUAUUUG